AUGCGUCUAAGACCAGAAUUACUUCGUGGGAUUUUGAAUUAUGGUCUUGAUCGUCCUUCAUCGGUACAACAACGAGGAAUUCCUUUACUAUUAAAAGGGCAAGAUGUUAUUGCACAAGCUAAAGCAGGGAAAGAGAAAUAUGCGACAUAUUGUAUACCAAUUUUACAGAAUAUGGAAUUACAAUCAAUGAGAACACAGGCAUUAAUUAUAACAUCAACCAACGAGACAGCGGGUCAUAUAUAUAGAUUAAUGUUAGGACUAUCAACAUUAAUGCACCAUGUAGAAUGUAUGCUUUGUAUAAGUGGGGGUAAUAUUGGAGAUGAUGUUAAAAAAGCACAAAAAAGACCUCAUAUAAUAAUAGGAACACCGAAUCGAAUAUGCGAUUUAGUAAAUUUAGACGCGAUAGAUUUAUCAUAUUUGAAAAUGUUUAUUGUUGAUGAUGCAGAACAUCUAUUAAUUCAAGGAUUCAAAGAACAUGCAAUUGAAUUAAGAAAAAAUUUUCCUAAAACGACUAUUAUACAGACAAUUAUAUUUUCAGGAAGCGUUAAUACUGAAAUAAUGGAUUUAACUACUUCAUUACAAAUGCGCGAACCUGUUAGAAUACUUGUAAAAAAAAAUGAACAAAAUUUAAAUGGAGUGCGUCAUUAUUAUUUAUAUGUCGCCAUGGAAAGAAGUGAUUGGAAAUUUGAAGCUUUAGCUGACUUAUUAGAGAGUAUUAAAAAUCAAACAAUAAUAAUUUAUUGUAAUAAAGAAAGCACCAUGGAUUCUAUAUGUUAUAAAUUAUGUGAAAGGGAUCUAAACGCUAUUGCUCUGUAUGGAGAAGUGGGAAGUUCACAAAGAGAUUCAAUUUUAGAUAAAUUUAAGUCAGGUAAGAAUAAUAUACUAAUAACAACAGAAGUAUUGAUAGACAUCGAUCUAUCAGUUCAACUAGUAAUCCAUUUUGAAUUACCCUCAAAACCCGAAGAUUACGGGAAACGUAUUACUUUAGUAUCUGCAUCAGGUAGUUAUCAGGGUGUUUCAAUAUCAUUUGUAACAUCAAAAGUUAAGGAUAUGAGUAAUUUACGUGCGAUUGAAAGUCUUUAUAAAAUUAAAAUGCCUGAGAUGCCGAUUAAUUUGCCUGAAAUAUUAUAA